GGCCACGAAACCUGCUAAGGCGAGGCCCGGGACCAAGACAUCGGGCCUGCGCUCCCAGCCCCUUGGGUCCGUGGGCGUGGGGAGCUAGGGCCCUACUGCGUUCUUGGCACCCCUCUGCAAACCUGCCGUUGCAGGAGGCUCCCUGGAGGAGGAGCUAGGGGCUCGGAGGAGGAGCCAGGAGGCUUUGGGGAGCGGGAACACAACCUUGCAGGAUAAGAGCCAGAGCCCGGGAGCAAUCCCUGCAGCCCUGCAGGCAGAAAGCUCCGGGAGUGACCUCAUGGAAGAAAAGCAGAUCCUAUGCGUGGGGCUAGUGGUGCUGGACAUCAUCAAUGUGGUGGACAAGUACCCGGAGGAGGACACGGACACCAGGUGCUUGUCCCAGAGAUGGCAGCGCGGGGGCAAUGCGUCCAACUCCUGCACCGUCCUGUCCCUGCUUGGGGCCCCCUGCGCCUUCAUGGGCUCGCUGGCCCCGGGCCACGUUGCUGAUUUUGUCCUGGAUGACUUCCGCCGCUACUCCGUGGACCUACGCCACGCGGUCAUUCAGACCACAGGCUCCGUCCCCAUCUCCACAGUCAUCGUCAACGAGGCCAGUGGCAGCCGCACCAUCCUGCACGCCUACAGUUUCCUGGUGGCUGACUUCAGGCAGCGGGGUGUGGACGUGUCUCAGGUGGCCUGGCAGAGCCGGGGAGACACCCCGUGCUCUUGCUGCUUCGUCAACAACUCCAGUGGCUCCCGUACCAUUGUGCUGUAUGACACGAACCUGCCAGAUGUCUCUGCUCUGGACUUUGAGAAGGUUGAUCUGACUCGGUUCAAGUGGAUCCACAUUGAGGGCCGGAACACCUCGGAGCAGGUGAAGAUGCUGCAGCGGGUAGACCAGCACAAUGCCAGGCAGCCUCCGGGGCAGAAGAUCCGGGUGUCUGUGGAGGUGGAGAAGCCCCGAGAGGAGCUGUUCCAGCUCUUUGGCUAUGGAGAUGUGGUGUUUGUCAGCAAAGAUGUGGCCAAGCACUUGGGGUUCCGGUCAGCGGUGGAGGCGCUGCGGGGCUUGUACAAUCGCGUGAGGAGAGGGGCUGUACUGAUCUGUGCCUGGGCUGAGGAGGGCGCCGACGCCCUGGGCCCUGAUGGACAGGUGCUCCACUCGGACGCUUUCCCGCCGCCCCGGGUGGUGGAUACUCUGGGGGCCGGUGACACCUUCAACGCCGCCGUCAUCUUCAGCCUAUCCCAGGGAAAGAGCAUGCAGGAGGCGCUGAGGUUCGGCUGCCAGGUGGCUGGCAAGAAGUGUGGCCUGCAGGGCUUUGAUGGCAUCGUGUGAGUGCCCUGUGGCAGGAGGCUCGGCUCACACCCCCUUGGGGACCUCCAUCACCAGCUACCAAUGCACCUCCCCUCCAUCCAGCCUGGGCAGAGGCAGGCGGAGGAGGGCUCCGCCUGCAUCCUGGCCUCACACGCUGCAGGGCCACAGAGCCAAUAAAUUGCAUUCCCCGGAGCCUGCU